AGCCAAUCACAUGGCACGCACACCAGUUCCCGUUAGCCAUCAACCGUUGCCGUCUCCGGAGCACCGUGUGUAGUCUAUCGUACCCGUAGACGGUCUUGUAGUGUAAACAAUUCCAGCCUAACACCAAUACCUGCCGAUUCAUAGGAAUUUUGCAAAGUGUUGGAACUCGGGAGUUGAAUGAAUAUUCUAUCGUCUACACUGUAUAUCCACUGCCAAUUAAUGUGUGUGCCAUAUAAAAUAAAAGUGGAUGAGUGAAUCUCCAGCCAGCGGAGCCAGUUUUGUGGUACAAGUGUUCAAUUGUGUCCGAGCUGUCGUUUCGAAUAGACGUCGUUACUAUUUUGCGCUGAUCGUACGGGUGAUCUUCCGUUUGUUUCCAUUUAAUAUUACAGCAAAUAUUCGUGCUAUCAAUUUUAAGCUUUUUAUUAGCAUUAUCAGUGUCGUUGUCGUGUUGUUAGUGAAGUUGCUUAGUAGCUUUUCUGUUCUGCUUGAACAUUGUUUCGUGGAAUAUCAGUUAUUUUGCCGUUUCCAAAGUUGCUGUUCAUAUGAUCUGAUUUUUUUCCUCUCAUUUCUACAUUUCCGAGUGUGGAACUGGAUAAUUGAUUAAUGGUGGAGGUUGCCGGAGGAAGCAGACGAGAAAUAUUUCAAGUGCAGUGAGAUUGUACAUCCGAAGGAGAAACAGCUUUUUAACACAUCAGUUUUCGGGCGUUUGACCAUAAUUUCUCGUUUGCACUGAUCAGUUUGGAGGUGUUUGGUUGGCGGUGGCGAAUCCGAAAUUGUGUAUUUAUCGUUGAGCAAUCCACGAUUCAAUAAUAAAAGCGAAGACCUCAAUCGGAGUUUCCCUGUGGAAAGUGUACAAGAAUUCAAACCGCUGCUACGCUGUAAAACUACUGGUGGAUAUCUAUUAGUGUUCAACGUAUCGAUCAACAAACGAUCCAGACACAACAAAAGCUGUCAAGAUGAAUAAAUCCUGCGCCCGGUGUCAGAAGGUGGUUUAUCCCAUCGAGGAGCUCAAGUGCUUAGAUAAGACAUGGCACAAAACAUGUUUUCGAUGUCACGAGUGCGGAAUGACACUGAACAUGAAAACAUACAAAGGUUUCAACAAACUUCCAUACUGCGAAGCACACAUCCCAAAAGCCAAAGCCACCACUAUCGCCGAAACGCCGGAACUGAAACGGAUAGCGGAAAACACUAAGAUUCAGUCCAAUGUCAAAUAUCACGCAGAUUUCGAGAAACUGAAAGGAAAAGUCACACAGGUCGCUGACGAUCCCGAAACGCUGCGAAUCAAGCAAAACACGAAAAACAUCUCCAACGUUGCCUACCACGGUGACUUACAGAAGAAAGCUGCCAUGGAAAGACAAAGAGAAUGUACAGAAAUUAUCGAUAGUAAAGACAACAAUGAGUUGGAAUCGGAAUACUUUUCCGAGCAAUUGGCAGCGGAAUCGUUGCCCCACUACCAACCUCCUCCCCCACCACCGGUGGUAGCACCCGUAUCGCACCCACUGUCCCAAGCGUCGAUGACUGGGUCAUCGUCGUCCCUUACAUCUGGAAUGGGUCCCAACACAACUGCUGCUACCACGGCAGCUGUUUCCCAACAGGCUCAAAUAACUCCGACCUCGACUCUGACGAAGCACAAUCUGAACAAUUUGAAUCAGACUCAAAACAACUAUCAAUCAUCACAAGCAGCGUAUCAAGCGGCCAACAACAACUACAGACCGCAAGCUUACCCGCAACAGGCUCCUCCGCAGCAACAGCAACAAGCCAAUCAUUACCAUCACAAUAGCAAUAGUAGCAGCAAUGGUAGCGAUAUCGUGCGUCAAUCGGUGCUUGCUAGCUCGCAAACUCCGUCAGGAAGCGUGAUCAAUAACCAAAAAUACUACGACCCAUAUGAUAACUACGCAAGACCCAACCCAAAUGCGGCAAUGGUGAACAACAACAAUAACUACAACAGCCACUAUCACCAUAACCAGCAGGCCGGAGUUGGUGGAGGUGGCGGUGGUGGUAACGAACGAAGCAAUGGUGCCGCCCACAAUUAUCACCACAUGCAACAGCAACAUCACCAUGGCGGCCAACAUCAUCCGCAAGGAGAUGGCAGCUAUGGGCAUCAACAGCAGCAACGUUACAAUGGUCAACAGCAGCAACAAUACGCACAGCAGCAGCAACAGCAACAACAACAACAGCAGCAGCAAUACCAAUACAACAAUGGUAACGUCAACAACGGUGCUGGCAUCGGCAAGAUCGCAGAUUACGAUCCGUUGACCGAUGGACCCAGGAAUAUACCCCAACCGAACAGGCAAAGCGCAACGUUGAUCUACAGCUCUGGAAACUUAAACGCCAACAACAAUCGACGGAUCGGUUCCGUUAACGACAUUGAUCCGGUCAAUGGGUACUACGGCUCGAUUUCGGAAACCCCUCAACAUCAACAACAGCAAAACGCCAUUUAUCAUCAGCAACAAGUUCAGCAGCAGCAGCAACACCUCCAGCAACAACAGCUGUAUCUACAACAGCAACAACAGAGACAAGCACAGUUGCAACAACAACAGCAGCAGCAACAACAACAACAACAACAACAACAACAGCAACAAGCGCAGCAACAACAGUCGCAGUACAUCCAACCUCCACAGCAAUAUGGAGUGCCUACGUCGACUCCAGUCUCGAAACCAAUGGGUAAAGUGCGCGUGUACCGUGCCUUAUAUGACUACGAGGCGCAAGACAGCGACGAAGUUGGCUUUACCGAGGGUGACUUGAUCAUCGAGGUCAACUCCAUAGAUUCAGGCUGGAUGACCGGACGUGUCGAGCGAACUGGACUAACGGGAAUGCUGCCAGCGAAUUACGUCGAACUGGUCAAGAUAUAAGGAAUUCGAUAUCUCGCAAAUGAAAAAAAAAACAGUUAAGUAAUCGAGAACACCAUAAUCGCCGGAUUUAUCGAGAUUAAACAGGUAAGUGCAAAGUUUUGAAAACAUCGCGCCAACAGAGAGAUAAUAACAGAACGACGAAGAAGCAAAGGAGAAUUACCAAUAUUAGUUUUCUUGUCUAGUGUAUAAAGUAAUUCAUCUAAUUUAAAUUUACUAUCCAAGCUACUUUACGAGAUCCAAUAGUGGGAAAAUGCGUGCAGAGAAGCAAAUCAUAUGUUUUUAAUUUUAUUUUUGUUAUUCAUUUGAUAUUUGCGUUAUUUUUCCCAAAAUAUUUCCAAAUGGAGAGAGUCAUUCAGCAAAUGGUGCUGACUCGAGCGUAUAUAGGAUGCAUAGGCAACAUGUAAGGCAAUCUAUAUAGUAUCUUAGGGCCGACCUGAUUUUUGUAGCAUUUAUCGAAACUGUAAACAUUCGCAACUUGUAUGUAUUUGUAUUACUACAAAACAAUAGGAAACAUAAAACGAUACGCGUAUUUGGUCUACGAUAUCCGGAACACAGAAAACAUUUGACUGGAUAUAGAUUACAGAAGACUUAGUAGUACUGUGCCUUUUUUCAGCUACAAUUUAGAACCCCCUUUACCGGAGAAACAACUUUGGAUGCAAUUUUUUACAAACUAGCAGAUAAGAAACGUUUUCUAGAAAUCAAAAUUGUUCUACGAUAAGAAAAAGGUUGAGCUUCCCUUUGUUGUAUACAGAUUCUGUGAUAGACGAAUGUGUAUUCGGGAAUACAUCCCAUUGUGCCGGUUUCUUUCACACCAAUUGGCGUAGCUUUAAAACCAGUAAAGUACUGUCCAGAAAACAAUAGUUACGAUGUUCGGUAUUCGUUUAUGUUUGAGUCAAUAAGUGUCAUCCCAAUAAUUAAAGCUACCGGGUUUCCUUUGUUACAUAAACAAUUAAUAAGAAAAAAAAAACAAAAAAUACGUGUUUAGUUAACGUAUUAUAAACACACAUGCAACUUUACUACGUACAUUUACACAAUUGAAACCACAUUUUAUCUUUCUACAAAAUAAAAUAAUUUAUAACACAAAUCCAAGUCAAUAAGCAACACAUAAACAAGUGCUACUGUUAGGAUAAUGAAGCAGAUGUUACGUAACACUAGCAAUAGUAAUGUAUAGACCAGGAAGCGGAGCAAAAAUCAAAUUAUAAAGGCAUCUAAAAACAAAA